AUGAGUUUUGUGUGGUUCAACGAACCGAAAAAGUGGUCAAGCAAUGCUUCGGCCAUCAACGUUCAUACUGAUCGAGAAACUGAUUUUUGGCGCAAGACACAUAAUGGUUGUGAACGCGACAAUGGUCAUUUCUAUUAUCGUUCACUUCCGGGCGAGCGAGACUUCACGGCAACUGUGAAUAUCCGAGGGAAAUAUCAUACACGCUAUGACCAAGGUGGUUUAAUGAUACGUAUUGAUGAAAAGAAUUGGAUUAAAUGCGGUGUUGAAUAUGUUGAUGGCAAACAGUUCGCCAGUGUUGUCACAACCGUCAACGGGUGGUCCGAUUGGAGCGUUGUUCCAAUAAACUCGCCGGAUGUUUUAAAACUAAGCGUCAAACGUGAAAAAGAAGCAAUCUAUAUUAAUUAUGCUGAAGGCGAACAAGGUGAAUUUAGGAUGAUGAGAUUAUCUUAUUUUCCGGAGAUUGAUAAAGAGCAGAACUUAUUGGUUGGCGUUAUGUGCGCAUCGCCAAGCAAAGAAACAGAAGGUUUUGAAAUCAUUUUCGAAGGAUUUAACAUUGUCGAAAAUGAUGCUAAAUGA